UUACUUUCUUUCUCAUUCAGAGAGCUUUCAAAGAAAGUGUGGAAGAGAUAUUUAUAGCAAGAGUGUAGCUUCUUUGCUCCAGAAGAACACAAAAGAAAUACAAACAGUACAAUGGAAGAAGAUUUGGAGUACUCAAGUGAAGAAUCGGAUGUGUUUUCUCAUGACAGUGAUCGUGAACAAAAUGUUUCCAAUACAAAAAAAGCUAACAGUUCUUCACAAGAUAAUGCAAAAUAUCUGAGGGAUAGAUAUGGACACAUACGCUUCCCAACCUCAACUUAUUCUUAUAAGGAUGAUCUAAGGGCAGGUUCUGACCGAAGAAGGAAUCCUCACACUCGCAAAAAAACACGUUUUGUUCAUCAACAGGGAGAUCCAUACCAUUCUCAGAGUGACAGUAGUGUAAGUGUGGAUGAAGUUAUUAACCUGCUGCCCACCUACAAAAGAAAGACACGCCAGCAGCAACAGCAGGAAAAAGAAGCAGCUAUCACAAUCCAGUCUGCCUGGAGAGGUCAUCAAGUUAGGAGGAACAUUGACGCAAUAAAUGAAGCGGCUACCAAAAUUCAGGCAGCUUUCCGAGGCCAUGCAACACGGAAAGAACUUCCCUUGGGACUGAGUGGGUAUGCCAGAACUGACAGACCAAAAUUCCAGAGGAAAGCAAGAACUGAAAAUGAAGGCGAGUGCUGUCCAGAGCUCCUAAGUUGCCUCCAGAAAUUUGGUUUGGCAUCUGGAACAGACACUGAGAAACAGAGCAUCUUCCUCCCAAAAGGCAGACCAAGGAGCUGUCCCAAACACGUCAUAGAAGACUAUCCUGUUUUGAACCCCAAAGUAUCCUUCUUUGAAAUCAAGUCACCUCUCAGACCCAACAGGGAAGUCUUCACAUACAGAUCUUUAAAUGUCUUUGCCCAGACGCAAAGAUACCAGGCCGCUGCCACUACAAUCCAAGCUGCAUGGAGAGGGUACCAAAUUAGACAGAAAAUCCCCAUUAGGCCUUUUUCUUCUAACUUCACCAUCAGAAAAACCUCUUGGAAACAUACAUUUGCAGGACGUACUCUUGAGGCACAUGAAAUCCAUCAGAUCUUUACAAGACCGGUGCUGAGAAAGGCACCACGCAUCCGAAAUAUUAACAUUCGUACAGUGGUGAAGGGUGCACCAGCUUCCUCCCAAAAGCCAAACGUAUCUAUUCAAGUUUUGAGCCCUAGAGGUGUGGUCCAGGGAUUUCAGAGAGACAUGAGCAGAGGUGCGCAGGCGCUCUACACAGUUGAAAGUGAAAAUGCUACAAUACCAUCUCAGAUCUUCAUUCACGUCAAUUUGCAGAAGGGAAAGGAAGUCCUCCCAAAAACGAAAAAGAAGAAGUAAACAUUCAGAAGAGGUCAUGCAGGAAAGGCUGUCUAGUAAAGAUCAUUCUAAGAAACUGAACAUAAAUUGAACUGUGAUUUGAGCUGCAAAGACAUUCACUCUCUGUCUACAAUUAGGAUAGUGGCUAUUUGAUUUGCACAAACGUAUAGCUCACCAAGGGCCUCAGGUUGUUAUAAGGCUGUUUCGUCUAACAGACAGAGUUCCUA